AUGUCCUCGAAUCCCUCUCGCGCACUCGAGCACCGCUUCGGCAGUCUCGACCUCGACCCCCCCGUCUUCAGCGCGCCGGCUGCCCCAACCGCGAUUCACAGCUCACAACCAAGCACUGCGGGUCAGAAUGCUGGCGGCAUGUCCGAGUCCUUGCCGGCCGACGAUGGCUUUGCCUAUCUGCGCGCGCGCAUCCACGAAAUCAGGGCAUUGAGCAUUCCCGAGCAAGAGCGGGCGCAGAUGGUGCAUGGCUUGAUGAUCGAACGAUACAGCCACAUGCGCCCCACGUCGCCAAGCAGCUUCGUCUCACACGACCGUCCCUUCACGCCGAAUUCUGCGCAUUCUGUCUUUUCCGAUAACCAUGCCUCGUCUCCUCUCUCUGCCGCGUCUGAGGUCGACACGGAGAUCCUGUACAAGCUGCGACCUGGUGAUACCAGCCCGACAUAUCGAACAGUCGAACACAAUGACGACGAUGACGAGGAGGACCACUUUGAGGAGGAGUUCGUUCUGGGCUGUCAACACUACAAGCGCAAUGUAAAGGUUCAAUGCUACGAUUGCCGCCGCUGGUACACCUGUCGACAUUGCCAUGAUGCAGUUGAGGAUCAUGCGCUGAACAGGAAGGCGACACAGAACAUGCUCUGCAUGGCGUGCGGCACCCCACAGAAAGCGUCUGGCACUUGCAGGAAGUGUGGUACAGAGGCGGCAUGCUAUUAUUGCGACAUCUGCAGGCUCUGGGACAACAAUGCAAGGAAAAAUAUCUACCACUGUCCAGAUUGUGGAAUCUGCAGACGUGGGGCGGGCCUUGGUAAAGACUACAAGCAUUGUCAGAGAUGCAAUGUUUGUAUCACCAUAUCUCAUGCGGACUCUCAUGUAUGCAUACCACGAGCUACCGACUCUGGAUGCCCCAUAUGCACCGAUUAUCUCUUCACUUCAUCUACCGCUGUCGUCUCGAUGCCCUGUGGGCACUACAUGCACAAGCAAUGCUACACAUUGUACAUGGAAACGGCGUACAAGUGCCCGAUUUGCAAGAAGAGUGCCGUGAAGAUGGACUUGCAGUGGCGCAAGCUGACGUCGGCCAUCGAAUCUCAACCUAUGCCCGAACAAUUCCAGAAUACCAGAGUGAUCAUCCAAUGCAACGACUGCUCGAGAAAGUCUUCGGCCAAGUAUCACUGGCUCGGCAACCAGUGCGAGAACUGCGACUCGUACAACACCGACGAGUUGCGCGUCUUGAACGGGCCGAACAGUGAAGAAGCUGCCAAUACGCUCUUGGACGCCGAUGCAAAUUCAGGUACCAGAUCACCGGCCAGCGCCAGUUCUCCUCAAUCACAAGCACUACGGUCGCCUAGAUAUUACUUCCAGCCCGACGAACCAGAAGAGACGUGGCUGCCAGGGCAACUACCAUCGUUUCCAUUUCAAAUGCCGCAAUUUCCAGGCAGACCACGCAUGCCAGACAUGCCACAGAUGCCCCGUUUGCCUGGCUUCCCAAGUUUACCCCAAUUUCCGCAGUUCCCCAACAUGCCUCGGAUGCCUCAAAUGCCUCAAAUGCCGCAGAUGCCACAGAUGCGCCGCGAUGCUGAAGAAAUGCUCGAUCGCUUUCGUCGCUCGAUGGACGCCUACCUCAACCCUACCGGCGAAGUACGAGAUGAGCAAGUUCCGUUCAUCGAUCUUGGUGGCGACGAUAGGCGUGAGACGACACAAGCUACUGAUGGCACACAAGUCAAAGGCCCGUACCUACCUCAGUACUACUUUGAGCGGUUUUCACAAGCUCUCACGCGUUUCCGCAACGACCUAAAUCCCGGUCUAGAGGAGAUCCCUGACUUGAAUCUGUCUGAGGAUCAGGCACAGAACCAGAAUCCUGGGGGACUGCGGUUCUGGGGAGAGGCUCAUGGACCUCUCGAGCAGCGCAUCCACGCUGAUAACGACGAUGGGGACGAUGAAGACGAAGACGAUGUGAGCAGCAGUGACGACAGUCACCAUGAAGAUGAUGACGACGACGACGACGAUGACAACGAGAACGAUGAACACAAAGGAAAGACGGAUUGGGAUCUACCCGGGCAUCGUUAG